GUUGAGGUGAUCACAUAUACCCAAAGGGGUUUCCAAUCUAUCUCAGCAUUGUCAGGAGAUUGGAGAAAGGACUAGCAUGGGAUUCAAAGCUCUCUGUUUGGGGGUAUUUUGUGCUCUCUUUGCCUCUCAUUUGUAUAUCUCCCUACCAGAUGACAUUGAAGAGUACUGGAAAGUAGUGGCCUUAGCUACAAUUGCUAAAACCUUCACAUUUACGGGUAUGUGUAUUGAACGUAUGGGUAUUAUAAAAUAUGAAGAGCUUGUUUCCAUGUUAUUCAGACUGGAUGAAACCCAACCAGUUUCAGAUGAGAAUGUCACAGUGAUGGAUACAGAAUUUGCUGGUGUUCCAGUGCGUGUGUACUUGCCAAAGAGAAAGUCAGACGCCCCAAGACGAGCUGUAAUCUAUAUUCACGGUGGUGCAUUUUGUUUUGGAAGCUUCAAAAAUGCGGGUUUUGACUCCCUGAACAGAUGGACUGCAAACAAACUCGAUUCUGUUGUUGUAGGAGUGGAUUAUAGAUUAGCUCCUCAACACCACUUUCCAGUUCAGUUUGAAGAUUGCCUCACUGCAGUCAAGUUUUUUCUCCAAGAUGAAAUUCUUGCAAAAUACGGAGUAGAUCCUACACGAAUCUGUAUUUCAGGAGACAGUUCUGGGGCCGGUUUGGCAACAGGAGUGACUCAACAGAGAGAGAGAGAGAGAGAGAGAGAGAGAGAGAGAGCACAAGCAGGGGAGCAUCAGGCAGAGGGAGAAGCAGGUUUCUUGCUGAACAGGGAGCCUGACGCAGGGCUCAAUCCCAGGACUCCGGGAUCAAGGCCUGAGCUGAAGGUCCAGACUGACACUGGAUUUAAACAUAAAAUCAAGAUACAAGCUUUACUUUACCCGGCCUUACAGAUAAUUGAUUCUUAUCUACCAUCUCACCAAGAAAAUGAGCAUGGUAUAAUUCUAUCAAGGGACUUGGCCAUAAAACUUGCGAGUUUAUAUCUCACCAAGGAUGAAACAUUUGUCGAGGCGAUGAGAAGAAAUGAACAUAUGCCUCAGGAAUCAAGACAUCUGUUUCAGUUUGUUAAUUGGAGCACUCUUUUACCCGAGAAGUAUAGGAAGGGUUAUGUUUAUACUGAACCAAUUCUUGGAAAACAUAAUUUUUCAUUUCCAGGACUUAUGGAUAUUAGAAUAUCACCCUUGCUAGCCAAUGAUUCCCUGUUACAGAAUUUGCCACCAACCUAUAUUCUUACCUGUCAAUAUGAUAUUGUGAGGGAUGAUGGACUUAUGUAUGUUUCAAGACUUCAAAAUGUUGGAGUUCAAGUUACUCAUGACCAUAUUGAGAAUGGAAUCCAUGCAGCUUUAUCAUUUAUGACACCACCACUGUAUUUACAUGUAGGUCUCAGGAUAAGAGAUAUGUAUAUUAGUUGGCUAGAUAAGAAUUUAUAAAUAUGCAUGACAUAUACAUAUUUAUAAAUAUUUAUAUACUUGGCCAUCAGGUAACAGAUUGUAAUCUGUGAUUUUUUUGUAGUUGUGUCAAGAAGAAUGUCAUUUGUGUUAUCUGAAUCUAGAUUUAAGUUAGUUAUAACAGUUACUGUAUGUCCUUGAACUGUUUGAUUUUUCUGAUUCACAGAAUCUGCACGUGUAAAAUGCAUUUAAUCCCUUCAUUUAUUAUUGAUUAUGAUUAUGUUGAUCCCAGUAGGGACCGCACCUAUUAAAGUUGAGAAAUAAGAAUGGUUACUGGCAAGUUAGAUAAGAUUGUUUCCAGGCAGAUGCAGAAAAUGCAAUAGUGAGUGGGAAGAGGAAAAAUUUAAAAAAAACAAAGUAUGAAGUAAUUUGAUUACUUUUCUGUGUUGUAACAUAUUACUACAAAUCUAAUGGCUUAACACAACAGAA